CCAGUUCAACCUAACUAGAAUUAGGGUUCUUUUUUUUGCAGAAGUCGAGGUUUUUUAUUUGUAUUUCAAAAUCUUCUUCUUUCUUUUGGGUUGCUCUAAAGUCCCAAUCUUUUCACCAUGAGCAGAUCAGGGCAGCCCCCAGAUUUGAAAAAGUACAUGGACAAGAAGCUUCAGAUCAAGCUGAAUGCGAAUAGGAUGAUUAUUGGUACUCUCCGGGGCUUUGACCAGUUCAUGAAUUUGGUUAUUGACAAUACUGUGGAAGUGAAUGGCAACGAAAAAAAUGAUAUAGGGAUGGUGGUGAUCAGAGGAAAUAGUGUGGUCACCGUUGAAGCACUUGAACCUGUCAACAGGACAUGACUUGUGUAUAUUUGGGUUUCAACUGUGUGUGUGUAUGUGAACUAUGUAGUGCUGAGAGUAAGAUCUAAUUGGGUUGCACCUUCAAAUUAGUGCUACUUUAAAAGUAAAGAGGCUUUCAUGCUGUAACUGAUGCUUGUGCUGUUGUGCAAGUAUUCUAGUAAUCUGGUUUACUCUAAAAUACUUUGCUUGAAAUCUAUGCUUCCCAUAUCAUUGGGUCUUGUAUUCAUCAGUGUCUGAAAUGAAACCUUCUGUUAUGCUUACGCCUGGCUUUCUGACCAAUGAAUAUUAAGUAUAU